AUGCGUUUCGAUAACAACCUCUUGCUCGCCUCUUUUCUCGGCGUCGCAACCGCUUUCCGUCGAAGUUGCAGGCCCGACACUACUAGCCACGGUACCGAUACCGGCUUUUACUCCAUAACAAACACCGACACUUUGACUAAUAUCGCGGCGGACUUUUGCACUACUAUCUCAGAGCUGCAAAAUUUAAACAAUAACGCCCCGACCACUACGGGAGAUAUUUUAAAAGUUCCUUGCAAAGCUCGAAAGCGCGAUUGCUCUAGGAUCCCGGGCAGUGAUUAUGGGUAUUAUACGAUCGUCGAAGGCGACGACUUGGCGACUAUUGGGGCAGAUUUCUGCACAGAUGCCAAUGGAUUAGCGAUUAUAAACGACAACCUUAUCGCCCCCCCCCCACUUUCUCCUGGCAUGGUCCUCGAAGUUCCUUGCUCUUGGAACUAG